AUGACUGGGGGUCUGGGCAGCGGGUCGCCGCGCCAUCCCGUGCGGAUCGCGGAUGUGGCCAUCCAACUCGGCUGCUUCCAAAACAUAGACAUGUUUCAGCGAGGGUUCUACAGCAUCCAUUGCCACCUUCGGCCAGAGAUCGACUCCAAUGAGGCUCGGAAGGUUUCCAUCAAGCCCACGCUCCUGGAAUCCUCCAGCCCACAGGCAAGCACCGUGGACGGAACUGCACUCCCAAGCCUGCCUGUCCUUACAAACCAAUCUUACAUGAAAGAUCUAUCCAACCCAGAGCAGUACAGCGUCUUUCCGCACCAUAUCUAUGAGCGCUGUGUGUGUCCAAGCACCUCCCAUCGACACACACACGAGUGCUACUCCAGCAAGCACAUAGCCGCGAGCACCAAAGUUGUCCAAGUCUAUGCUUCGAAAGUCUUCUAUGUGUCGCAGCCCUCUGAACGCAUCGUGCUGCAUUGCGGAUGCCUCUUUCGGAUAGAUAUCGAGCCGAGUUUCGCAGACGCAUCAUCAGACCAAGCGGACUGUCGAUACUAUGCGCAUGACUGGAUAUUGGAAGUGGACCUGUACUUUUCCAGCGACGAGAGCAUCAACUCCCCACGCGAGCUCAAGUACAGGCAGAGCCAGCAAUUUAUCCUCAAAAACAUCCUUGGUGUCAAGGCGGAUCACAAGCGCAUCGUGUUCAGCUAUGCGCCGAUCAUCUUUGACGGGACAUACUUUUCAUUCUGCGACUUGAUCGCUUGCACCGCACCGCUGGGGUUCCACUUCAACAGGGAUGAGCCCCCGAACCUUUCGCGAGCCACAACAGUUAGGAGCGGCCAGAAAGACCAAAAGGAGGCGCCAGCGUGGUACUGCUUCUCCAACUGCCUCGACUUUUUCCCUCCGGCGUUGUUUUCGCCUCGGAACAAAGUCAAUCCAAAGUUGCUCAAGGCCAAGGGAUCCAGCUCCAAGAACUUGAUCGGCUAUCAAGCCGAGCCGACAAUGCUGAAACUUGAAUCCAUGAAGCUCAAUCUGGGCAGCAAUCGGCCUUCGGUUGUGCUGCUAUGGAAUCAUCACAAACGGAUCAUUUUCGACAGUAUAUACGAGCUCCUGUCGUUUCAGAGCGACGUCUCUCAACUGGGCCAAGCCAAACCUCCCCUGUUUGCUGAUCUAAAAUCGAUAGUUGCUCGCACUCAAGAGUCACUUCGGGCGAUAUGUGAAGAGUUUUAUCCGCCGCUUGACUAUGCCGGCGUCUGCGACAGUUCGCUCUACACCGAAACAAAGUCUUUGACCGACAUAACGACCAUACAAGAAUCGGUACAAACCGUGGUACUCAAAUGGAUUGAGGUCAACCAAUCGAGGAUCUCUGAGUGGAAUGUGCUCAAUCCGAUAUCGCAAGGCAUCUCGACUCUGAUCAGCGGCGUUUGGCACCAGUUCCUGGCUUCGUUUCUGAUGCAGUCGAUGAAGAAAAUCGCAGACUUGAGAUUCAAGUUUUGCCAGCAUCGAUUCCUAUACAUUCGUGAUCAUGUUCGACUGAUCGAAAGCUCGUCCGAUCGUACCAUACCGAGAUCCUCGGUCCUGGCAAGCGUUCCGAGGUCCUCCGAGAGUGUCAAGCCGAUCCCAACAACAACAUCAAAGUCGAGCUUCCAGAUGUCGUCGACCGAACCCGACGAGGAAAAGUCGCUUCACCAUGCAUCACGGAUGAGCUCGCGAGACCACUAUAGAAAGAUCACAGAGUCGCUCACCCGACGCCAGAACAUUGCUGAAGAGGCAUGCCACCUAGUGGUGUUUGUCCAUGGAUUCCUAGGAUCGUCCUAUGACUUUCGGCAGUACCGCAACCGGCUGAAGCUCAUGAUGGCGUUGCUGGGAGAAAUGGGGUGCAACAUGGCCUACCUGAUAUCGCAAUCCAACGAGAGCAACACUCUCACGGACAUUGAGGCUCUCGGAAAGAGCUUGGCCAGCGAAGUUGAGUCCUACAUCAAAGAAAGCGGCAUUAUCGCACGAUGCGCCAUCAACCAGCCCGAGAUGGAUCGCUAUCGGCCGUUCUUUUACAACUUCAUGACGUUCGGGACACCGCACCUGUCGCUGAUUCUACACAGCAACAUGAUUUUGACAACGGCAAUGUCGUUCUACCAGCGAAUCCAGAACAUCCAGAGCCUCAAGCAGCUCAACAUGCAGGAUCACAGGGAUCCCAAACAAACACUGCUCUUCCGGCUAUCGUCGCAGCAGCCGGGACUGACGGAUUUCCAGUCCGUCCGGCUGGUGGCCUCUGAGCAGGACGGAUAUGUUCAUUACCCCAGUGCCCUUGGGACCCACACCGUCGAUCCGAUCACCUCGGACUGGCGCACACAGAUCUUUGAGUCGAUGGCAAACCAGUUUCCGAGCAUCUUGCCGGGCAACGGGAAAGUCGAGCGGCUCACCGUCCGCUUCGGCAGCAUCGAGAGCGAAGGCGGCGAUUUUCUGGGACGCAAGGGGCAUAUCUCGAUGCUAGAGGAUCCGUUCUUUAUCGAGGAGAUGAUUGCGCUCUGCUCAUUCCACAUCUGAGGCGGAUGGUGGGUUUGCAUGCAAUGAUUCAUCUCGGUGAGUGUAUUGCAUCUCGCUUGAGUAUGCCGCCACUGGCACAAAAUACAGCGAUGUUGCGCUCGGGCUCAUGGUGCGGGCAGGUUUGGCUGAGGGACAUGCCGGGGUAUGCCACAAUAUGCUGAGGUGGUCUCAGUUCGUGUGUUUCGUAUUUGGUAUGGUGUUUGAUGGUGUCGGAUAUGGUGAGCGUGCUCAGUCGUCGUCGUCGUUGGGUUUUUCGUGUGGUUGGGGCCGGACAGACUCUGCUGGCGAUGCGAUGACCCGCACCUUGUGAAUGAAUCGAUCAACAUCAGC